AUGACGAAGGUGACGGCCGUCAAGGAGGCUGCCAAAGAGGCUCUCCUUGGCACUGAGGAGCCCGUGCAACUCUCUGCACAGGCGAAGGCUCGGUUCAAUACCCAUGCUGUCAAAGAUCCCGAGACUGGGGAGCUCCAUAUGGGAUCUGAGGAGUUUCUGAAUGCCAUUGCGCCCGCGACCGAAGAUUACCACAAGAUCAAGCGCGAGCAGUAUGGUAUUCUCUUCCCCGUCGCCGAUCGGAAGGGAACUGGCCGGAUCAACCUCUCUCAGUGGGCCGCGUUCGAGAACCUCCUCAUGAAGCCGGAUGCCGAAUACGAAAUAGCGUUUCGCCUGUUUGACGUCGAAGGCACCGGCCAAGUCAAGUACGAGGACUUCCGGCAUCUGUAUGAACUGAACAAGGGCCCCGGCAGCAUCCCCUUCGACUGGGAGUGCGAGUGGGCGAAGCUGUACAUCGGCAGCCAGAAGAAGAGGCAUCACAUGGAUUACCCCCAGUUUUCCCAAAUGCUGCGCGGUCUGCAAGGCGAGCGCAUUCGCCAGGCGUUCCAGCGUUUCGACAAAGACGGCGACGGUUUCAUCGACCCACAAGACUUCGAGCGGAUCAUCCUCGAGACCUCCAAGCACAAGCUCUCCGACCACCUCCUGCGCAACCUGAACAGCCUGUGCAACAUUGGCGCCGGGAGCAAAGUCUCGUAUGCCAACGUGCGGGCUUUCCAGAACAUGAUCAAGGAGAUGGACCUCGUAGAAUUGAUUGUGCGACGUGCAUGUGCGAAGAGCUCGGACGGCAAGAUCACGAGGGCGGAGUUCCUGAACCAGGCCGCCAAGAUCACGCGGUUCUCCCUCUUCACGCCCAUGGAGGCCGACAUUCUUUUCCACUUUGCCAGCCUCGAUAAGCCGACCGGGAGACUCGGUCUGGCGGACUUCGCCAAGGUCCUUGACCCGUCCUGGAAGAGCCACCUGUAUGAUUCGGACGACGUCUCGCACAAGGCAGUGCCCAAGCCCUCGGGACCGGCUGGCGUGGCGCUGGGCCAGGUCCUGGAAUCGACCUAUAACUUCUUCCUGGGCAGCAUGGCUGGCGCUUUUGGCGCCUUCAUGGUAUAUCCGAUCGACCUCGUCAAGACUCGCCUCCAGAACCAGAGGAGCGCCAGGCCAGGCGAGCGGUUGUACAAGAACUCGAUCGACUGUUUCCAGAAAGUGAUACGAAAUGAAGGUGUCCUUGGUCUCUACUCGGGCGUCCUCCCACAGCUUGUCGGUGUCGCUCCCGAAAAAGCCAUCAAGCUCACCGUCAACGACCUUGUGCGGACUAGAUUUACCGACAAGGAUGGCAAGAUCACAUUGCCUGCCGAAAUAUUCGCUGGCGGUGCGGCUGGUGCUUGUCAAGUUGUAUUCACCAACCCCCUCGAGAUUGUGAAGAUCCGGCUCCAGGUACAGGGCGAGGUGGCCAAGACGGUCGAAGGCACUCCGAAGCGGUCUGCGAUGUGGAUCAUUCGCAAUCUGGGUCUCGUGGGCCUCUAUAAGGGUGCGUUGGCUUGCUUGCUGCGUGACGUGCCCUUCUCGGCCAUUUAUUUCCCGACGUACAACCAUCUGAAGAGGGACAUGUUCGGAGAGUCACCCACCAAGAAAUUGGGCAUCCUCCAGCUGCUGACGGCAGGCGCCAUUGCGGGCAUGCCCGCUGCGUACCUGACAACGCCGUGCGACGUGAUCAAGACGCGGCUGCAGGUAGAGGCUCGCAAGGGCGAAGCCACGUAUAACGGGUUGCGACACGCCGCCAAGACGAUCUGGAAGGAGGAGGGCUUCACGGCGUUCUUCAAGGGCGGUCCGGCACGCAUCUUCCGCUCGUCGCCGCAGUUCGGUUUCACCCUGGCCGCGUACGAGGUGCUGCAGAACGUCCUGCCUUAUCCGGGCAAGAAGGAGGAGUUGAAGAUCCACACGGGCGUGGAGGGCGUCGUGUCGGCGGUGAAGGAGAAGCUGGACACCAGCCCGUUCGCGCGGAGCCGGAACUCGCUCAAGAUCAUUCUCGACAUUGACGAAGACUUUGGGAAGGUCAAGAUCCCCAACGAACAGGCGUGGAAGACCUUGCCCGCAUUUAUGCAGUCGGGCAACGGCAGCAAGGCGUGA